AAAUAAUAUAUUAUAUAAUCUUUUUCAAAUUUUGGUGUAUACAAUAAAGUUGAUUGAAACACAUGAUAGUGUUUUGUUAUUUUUUAAAUGUAAUUUAUCAUCAUGAAAAAUCACGAUAUUAUAUGAAUUUCAGUGAUUCUUUUAACGAAUUAUAUUUGUAUAAAAUAUAAUGUUGAUCUACCCUUGGUUUAUGCAGAUAGGGUUAUAAGCGAAAUAAUCAAUAAGUUCAUACAUGGAAAAUUCGAUUAUCUACUACACUUAGUAUACUUAGGUAUAUUUAGAUACAAUACAAUACCAUGGUAUAAGUUUGUUUCUUAUUAUUCGAUCAGCUUUUCUAAUUAUUCUGCAUUGAAUUUUCCAUGAACGUAUGGAGCUGUUUAAAGCUCUAAGUUUCUUCAGUAGAGGAAAGUAUGAAGAAUGUGCAACAAUAUGCACAGACUUAUUAAGAAAAAAUCCAUUAGAUCAGGUAUACUUCUUGUUAAUGUACUGCAAUAGUUAUUUACCAUCUGUUUCUUAUCAAAAUAUAAUAUUCUUCAGGCUAUUUGGGUGUUAAAAAUGCGUGCUUUAACGUUACAAGUAUAUGUAGACGACAUUGAAGGCGAAGAAGAAGGAAUUGCUGAAAGUUUACUAGAUAACUAUACGAUAUCCUCCAUGCCUAGGCCAGGAACAUCCUUAAAAAACCCUGGUACAUCACAUAUAGGACAAUAUCUUCGACCAAAAACACAGUCAGGGAGGCCACUGACAGGAGUUGCGAGACCAGCUACUCAAUCUGCAAUGUCUCAAUCUGUUGAGCAAACAUUAAGAACACCGAGAACUGCUAUGACUGCCAGACCGAUCACUGCAAGUUCUGGUCGAAGUGUUAGAUUAGGUACAGCAUCUAUGUUAACAGAGCCUGGAGGACCUUUUAUACAACUCUCACGUUUAAAUAUUUCCAAGUAUGCAAAUAAACCCAGUAUCGCGAAACCACUGUUCGAGUACAUAUAUUACCACGAACAUGAUGUAAGAUACGCACUAGAUUUGGCAGUUCAGGCAACGCAAGUGUGUCAGUAUAAAGACUGGUGGUGGAAAGUACAACUUGGAAAAUGUUAUUAUAAUUUAGGAUUAAUAAGAGAUGCAGAGCAGCAAUUUAAGUCGGCAUUGAAAGAUUGUAAAUCCAUUGAAACGGUGUUGAGGCUUGUUAGAGUUUACAUUAGAUUGGAUCAGCCGUUGGCUGCUUUAGAUGUAUGUAAAAAAGGUCUUGAGUAUUUUCCUAACGAUGUAAAUAUUCUCACCGAAAUGGGCCGUGUAUUCGAUGGUCUGAAUAAUGCGAGCAUGUCGUUGAAAUAUUAUAAGAUCGUUGCUCAGGAAGAUGCUUCGCAUACAGAAGCGAUAGCUAGUAUCGGGAUGCAUCAUUUUUACAAUGAUCAACCAGAAUUGGCAUUACGUUACUACAGGCGAUUAUUACAAAUGGGUGUAUACAACGUAGAAUUGUUCAAUAAUCUUGGAUUGUGCUGCUUUUAUUCUCAACAAUACGACCAUGUUAUAUCGUGCUUUGAAAGAGCGCUUAAUCUCUCUACCGAUGAAAAUAUAGCUGACGUAUGGUAUAAUAUUUCUCACAUUGCUCUUACAGUAGGUGAUAUAACAAUGGCGGAAGAAUGUCUAAAGCUAGCUAUUAUAAGCGACAAUAGACAUGCUUUGGCAUACAAUAAUCUUGGUGUGAUAAAAAUACGUAAUGGAAAUCUAACAGCUGCGAGAACAUAUUUUCAUGCUGCAGCCAACAUUGCUAAUUUUAUUUACGAACCUCACUUUAAUAGUGCUUUCUUAGCCUAUGAUGUUGGAGAUCUUCAAACAUGUUACAUCGCGGUACAAAAGUCUUUGAGCGCGUAUCCUGCUCACUGUGAUAGCAAAAUCCUCCUCAAAAAAUUAGAAAGAUAUUUUUCUCACAUGUGAAGUUUCUGGUGAAGAGAAAGGAAUUUACCCAAGUUAUACAAAAUGAUGUAUUUUAUUGAAUGUUUGAUUUUAAUUGUACAGACAACAUUAUGUACACAAUACAUAUAUGCAAAAAGUACAAA